AUGGUUCGGCAGAAGCGGAAAACUGAGAACCGAGAGGAAGAGGAUCGGCUAGCGAAAAAAUUGUUUGGUAGCAGUGCAGGUUUUCCGGACGGUUUUGAGGAUAGCAGUGAUGACAAUAGCGAGUUGGAAGAAACAUUUAAAACUGAGGAAGAAGCUAGCAAGAAACCCGUUUGGCAGGAUGAAGAUGAUGAAGUUGAAGAGGCAGUUGUGGAUGUACCGUUGCAUCGUAAAAAAAUGCACAUUAGAAAAGCAACCGAUGCUCUGAAUCAAAAAAUAACGCCGAAGGAAUAUGAGGGACGAUUACGACAAUUAUUUUAUCACAGCUCUGGUGCUGCUCCAGCCUGGGCUCAGUCUUCCUUCUGCGAAAGCAAGAAACUUCAACAUGUUGAAUGUGAUGACGAUGAACUGGAUGAUGCAUUACGUGAAGUAACUGCAUUUGCAGGAAAAUGUGUUGCCAGCAGCAAAUCAUUACCAAAAGGAGUAAUUAGUGUGAAACGAUUGAAUAAUAUUAUACGUGGACAUCGAUUUGGAAAGAAACCGAUGAGAGUAUUACAAUUUCAUCCCACUCGUAAGGUCCUUAUGUGUGGCGGUGAAAAUGGCCUUAUCAGUCUUUUCGAGGUAGGCUUACCAGAAACAGAAGAAGCUUUCCUGCAAAAUAUUCGUUUCAAGGCAUUCCCAAUUACCAGUGCUUCCUUUACUGCAGAUGGUUCCAAAAUAAUCGUUGGCUCGAAAAAAAAGUCGUCGGAAUAUAUUGGCGUUCUGACGGCUCCAACAAAAAUUGCUUCCGUACAGUUUUCUCCGAAUGAUUCAUCAACCAUUUUUGCUCUUGGAGAAAAUGGACAAGUAUUUAUAUGGAACAUCAGAAAAUCAACAGAACAACAAACAUUUUAUGAUGAAGGUUCAGUCAGAGGAACGAUAAUACGAAUAAGUGAAAAUGGUCAAUACAUCGCAUGUGGAUCCAAUACAGGAAUCGUGAAUCUAUACGACUCCGCAGAUGCCCUGAAAAAUUCGUUUCCCAAACCCAUAAAAGUAUUUGACAAUCUUACAACAAGUAUUGAUUGUAUGGCAUUUAAUACUGAUUCGCAAAUUCUUUCAGUAUCUUCAAGUAUAAAAAGCAAUUCGAUCCGGCUGAUGCAUGUUGGGAGCCGAACUGUCUAUACAAAUUUCCCGCCAAGAGAUGUGAACCUUGGAAAAGUAACGGUGACUGGUUUUUCACCAAAAAGUGCUUAUAUGGCUGUUGGUGAUAAUCGAGGCUUCCUUACCCUGUUUAGACUUUCACAUUUCACUGCUUACUGA